CGCCCUGGUGUCGCCAGGUGACGGGCCCUGAACGCCCGCGGGGGCGCGACGGCGGGCGCGCACCAUGAACUCGUGGGACGCGGGGCUGGCGGGGCUGCUGGUGGGCACGAUGGCCGUGUCGCUGCUGUCCAACGCGCUGGUGCUGCUCUGCCUGCUGCACAGCGCCGGCAUCCGCCGCCAGGCGCCGGCGCUCUUCACUCUCAACCUCACGUGCGGCAACCUGCUGUGCACCGUGGUCAACAUGCCGCUCACGCUGGCCGGCGUGGUGGCGCAGCGGCAGCCGGCCGGCGACCGCCUGUGCCGCCUGGCCGCCUUCCUCGACACCUUCCUGGCCACCAACUCCAUGCUUAGCAUGGCGGCGCUCAGCAUCGACCGCUGGGUGGCCGUGGUCUUCCCGCUGAGCUACCGCGCCAAGAUGCGCCUCCGGGACGCCGCGCUCAUGGUGGCCUACACCUGGCUGCACGCUCUGGCCUUCCCGACCGCCGCGCUCGCCCUGUCCUGGCUGGGCUUCCACCAGCUCUACGCGUCCUGCACGCUGUGCAGCCGGCGGCCGGAGGAGCGCCUGCGCUUCGCCGUCUUCACCGGCGCCUUCCACGCGCUCAGCUUCCUGCUCUCCUUCAUUGUGCUCUGCUGCACGUACCUCAAGGUGCUCAAGGUGGCCCGCUUCCACUGCAAGCGCAUCGACGUGAUCACCAUGCAGACGCUGGUGCUGCUCGUGGACAUCCACCCCAGCGUGCGGGAGCGCUGCCUGGAGGAGCAGAAGCGGCGGCGGCAGCGGGCUACCCGGAAGAUCAGCACCUUCAUUGGGACCUUCCUCCUGUGCUUCGCACCCUAUGUGAUCACCAGGCUGGUGGAGCUCUCCUCCACGGUGACCAUCGGCCCCCACUGGGGAGUGCUGUCCAAGUGCUUGGCCUACAGCAAGGCUGCCUCCGACCCUUUCGUGUACUCAUUGCUGCGUCACCAAUACCGCAAAAGCUGCAAGGACAUUCUGAACAAGAUCCUCAGCAGACGCGCCAUCCGGUCCUUGGGCCUCACAGGUGACUCCCACGGUCAGAACAUCCUGCCCAUCUAGAGUGAAGGAGGGCUCUCCUGCAGAGAGUGGAGAAUGAGGUCGGAGAUGGCUGGUGGGAAGAAGGGAGGGCAGGCUGGGGCUCCGGGGCAGGCAGGACCAGCUGCCUCCCACCUGGCGGACCAGUGGCCCCAGUUCCCUGCCUCACAGGGGCUCUGAAGCCUGCCCCCCGUUCCUCAUGGGCAGAUGUUGACCUGUCGCCAUGCAUCACCAAAGGAUGACCGUGGGCCCUGCUCUGGCCUUUCUUUCUGAGACGCUCCGUAGGGCGUCCAGGCUCACAGAGGUUCCCCGGGAAUGACACUCAGCCCAGU